UAGAAAGGGAUCCGAUCCUCUUUCAAAUUUAUUUUGAUAUAUUUUUAUUACUUUUUGUUCUUUGGGGUUAAUCAAGCGGGUUUUAUCUUAUUCAUAGAUUAAUCAUAUGCAUUUAUCCAGCGUAUUUUUCAUAAUCUGGCGUAAAGAUCUAUCCCAACUCAUCCUCGCCACAACACAUAAGAAUUUACGUAAAUAUAUACAAAAGAGCAUCACUUCCUUCCCCGGAAUCCUAUUUGAAGGUUUUAUAUGGUAUUGGAUUCCUCUCUCGAGCGAAAUCCAAUCCUCUUGUCUUCCCUUUAGAUUUCUCGUCUGCAAAGGAGGUGAAGUUGGCGCAAAGUUUCGAAAGAUUUGGAUUAUUUCUUCGAUAUUAGCGAUUUUGGGUUUAUUUUUUGGAUAUAAGGUGGUAUCGAGGCGUUUCUCCGCCAAAAAAAAAGGGAGAAGAGAGAUGGCCUCAGCCGCAGGGAUAGGCCUAUUUGAGGGCGAGGUGGAGCAUAGGCCUAUAAAACCGACCCCCCUGAUUCUGCACUGUGACCUCCAGCGACCUGACUUCACGGACUAUCUGGGCAGCGGUUUCAAGAUCAGAGUGAGCAAAUGCACGCCUAGAGACAGCGUUAUCCUGCCAACCUGCGGUGUGGCUGUCCUCCUUAUCUACUUGUCCAGGAUUUCCACCACAUCCGCAUCCGCAUCCGCAACCACAUCCGCAUCCGCAUCCACUUCUCCAGGCGUGGAAGGAGCGGUCAUGAAAGAAACGCUGGGUGAAGUUAUCGAAAGAAUCAAAGCGUUCACCAGCCAGCACAAAGUGGGCAUCCUGGUGCUCGUUGGGUCGGUGUUCGGAGAGGAGGAAGUGGGCGGAGUCAUCGCGACGAUCCAGAGGGAGCUUUUGCCACGCCCACCGCCCUUGCUGCCCGCCCACGGAGAUGCACAAGCAGCCGCCCACAUACAGACGCUGGCUAAGGCCACGCAACCGGAGACGAGACGUGUGGUGCAGGAGCGCAUGGAAGGAAUCCUGAAGGAGGCCACGUCGCAGGAUUUUGGGGUCAUUUUAGCUCGGGCCAUGGGGCUCAGCCAGCAUCAAGCCUCAGUGCUGCUGGACACCUUCGGUUCGCUGGGCGCCGUUGCUGAAGCCUCCGCCGCCGAGAUUCAUCGGAGGACACCCCUGGACGCCGCCACCGCCGCCUCCGUAGCCGCCUUCUUCGCUAGGGACACGGUCACGCUCUAGCACGAGGGUUAGGAGGGUAGGGGGUGGAAGCUUUGUAGGGUAGGGACACUGUAGGGGAGUUUUUUCUUUCUCUCUCUUCUUCUACCUUUUCCCCUAGCUCUUUCUUUCUUUUUCCUCUCCCUUUUUUUCUUAAGGGAAAGAAAUUAAGGGAAGAAAUUUGUAAGGGAAGAAAUUAGUCACUUUAUAAUGUUGAAGAAAAUGUGUCACUAAGGUUGCUCUGUAAGGAAAGACACUGAGGUUUUCGUGCGAGAUAAAAUGUAUGUAUGAUUUUUUAAAAUGAAGUCUGUGGAUAGAUCUUUACAUUUUUUUAAA